AUGAAUAUCAAUGAUAUCUCUGGAACAGCAGAUGAAUACUGGUCCCAAUUAAAGAGACUUCAGCCUUUAAAAAAGUCAGCCACUUCCAUACUAAAGUAUACUAAUAAGAAAUGCUGGGUAUCGGAAGCAAUCGUUCAAUUGUCUGUAAACGCUAAACUAAGUUUCUUAACACGAAUGUUAAGAGGCCUUGACAAUCGGAUGCUUCAAAUAAUUACAACGAUAGCUCAACGGGACAGAAAUUACUGGAGUGAUAUGGCUUUGGAAAUGGAGAUGGUGGCGUGA